GUUAGUCUUAGCUCUAACUCAAGCGAAGCCACUUCCGGCCUUCCCUGGAGCCUGCCGCAGUUCUCUUCCGGGUGAUGGCGGCUGAGUGCCCCGGAUGUAGCCCUGGCGAAAGCCUCUCUCCCUUUCUUCCCCCGCCUUCCCUGGAUCCUUAGCUUGGGGAAGGCCCCUCUAUCCAGUCAUGCCAAAGAGGAAAGUGACCUUCCAAGGCGUGGGAGAUGAGGAUGAUGAGGAUGAAAUCAGCGUCCCCAAGAAGAAGUUGGUGGAUCCUGUGGCUGGGGCAGGGGGUCCUGGGAGCCGCUUCAAAGGCAAACACUCUUUGGACAGCGAUGAGGAAGAUGAUGAUGAUGAAGGGUCUAGCAAAUACGACAUCCUGGCCUCAGAGGAUGUAGAAGGUCAGGAAGCAGCCACGCUCCCCAGUGAGGGAGGUGUGCGGAUCACACCCUUCAACCUGCAGGAGGAGAUGGAGGAAGGCCACUUUGAUGCUGAUGGCAACUAUUUCCUGAACCGGGAUGCUCAGAUCCGAGACAGCUGGCUGGACAACAUUGACUGGGUAAAGAUCAGGGAGCGGCCACCUGAUCAGCACCCACCAUCAGACUCAGAGGAGGAGGACAGCCUGGGCCAGACACCAUUGAGCACCCAAGCCCUCCUGGAAGGCCUUCUGGAGCUGCUGUUGCCAAGAGAGACAGUGGCUGGGGCACUGAGGCGUCUAGGGGCCCGAGGAGGAAGCAAAGGGGGCAGCAAGGGGCCGGGGCGGCCCAGUUCCCCUCAGCGCCUAGACCGGCUCUCUGGGUUGGCCGACCAGAUGGUGGCCCAGGGUAACCUCGGAGUAUAUCAAGAGACAAGGGAACGGUUGGCUAUGCGGCUGAAGGGAUUGGGGUGUCGGACCCAGGGACCUCCUGACCCCACACCACCACCCUCUCUGGACAUGUUUGCUGAAGAAGUGGCAGAGGGCGAGCUGGAGACCCCAACCCCUACCCAGAGAGGAGAAGCAGAGUCUUCCGGAGAUGGUCUGGCGGAUGUGAUGUGGGAAUACAAGUGGGAGAACACGGGGGAUGCUGAGCUGUACGGGCCCUUCACCAGCACCCAGAUGCAGACUUGGGUGAAUGAAGGCUACUUCCCAGAUGGUGUUUAUUGCCGGAAGCUGGACCCCCCUGAUGGACAGUUCUACAACUCCAAACGUAUUGACUUUGACCUCUACACCUGAACCUGAUGAGGGCCCAGUUUGGUGGCCCCUUCUUUCCUGGACUUUGUGGAGGAGGCCCUGGCUGCCUCAGACAGUGAGGAUAUUGGGAGCCAGUUUUCAGUCAACUUCCUUUUCCCAAUAAAGGCCUUUAGUUGUGUAUUAGGGCCUUGACUUUGCUGAUGGCCAGAAGCUGGCCUUUUUCCACUGCUCUUUUGGACUUGUCUUGGUCCUUGAGUGUUUCCUCUCAUGAAGUUCCCCCUUGGGAGUUUCUCUCUAGUCCGUUGAACCACCUCACGUUGUUUAUUACUCCUAAGGGCAGAGCUGGGUCCUGUCAGGUGUCCUGUGGCCUCUCAAUCUGGACUGUGUUCACCAUCUAAAAAAUUCCUUCAUUUACAUGCUGUUCUCCAGAGUCCUCUGGGGGUUCCUGUUAUGUUGCUUUUAGGUCUUCGGCUUUUAGGGCCUCGGAUUUUCUGCUUUGCAGCCCGUACAGGAUAGAGUCCCAGAAUUGAAGAUUUUAGGCCUGGAAGCACUAGUACAUGUGUUGAGGGUGAGUAGGAAGAUUGGUACUUAUUGGCCCCCACUGUCUUGAGCUCUUUAGAUGUUGGGCAGAAGUGUCCUCUUACAUAAAGUCCAGAUUCAGUGUUGGCACUUCAAUGGACCUUUCAGGGCCACCUGCACCAGUCACGCAUUGUAGAGGCACAGAGAAGAGUAGCAUCUCACUGCAGGUUACACAGUGAAUCAGAGUGCUGGCCCAGACCUUUCCUGGCACCAGGCCUUUUCUGCCUGGCCUUGGAGGCCCUGGCGCUUACAUUUCCUGGGCUCCCACAAUUUGCCUGGCAAGGGACUAGUGCUUUGAGGGAACUGAAAUAAUUGGCUGGUCUCCUUCAAGGAAUUCAGAGUCUGGGCGGGUAGGGAGGAAGAUAGAUAGGUUUGAUUGUAUGUCUUAACACCUUCCACCUACUGGCAGUGCUGCCUCAUGCCUCUCUUUCACUCACACCAAGUUAGUUCUCUGCCUAGGCUCUCUUGGAAUCUCAUGGGGAGCUGUAACAUUACUCCUCACAGAUUUGGAAUGAAUUGAUCUAGGUAAUGGCCUGGUGGUUGGAUCUUUUAAAAGUUCCCAGGUGUUUCCCAUGUGCAGCCAGGUAGCAGACGACUGGGCCUGACUUCCAUGACUGAGGAUUACACCUGGGGAGAGAGGCUGGAUCCUGAACUCUGCUCCAGGAGAGCUAAGCAUGUGCGUGGACGGGGGCUCUGGUGGAGUCUGUUAGUUGCAGGAGAGUUGAGCACCAGAGCCCUGGGGCAAAUGGGAGUCCCCGGGGGAAGGAGCCAGGCUUGGAACUAGGAAAGACUUGGGGGCGAGUGGAAUACUUGAUGCUCCAGUGAGGCAUCCAACUUUCAUAAUAAUUAGGCCCACUCUAGUGCCAGCCCAGACCUGGAUUUCCUUGACUUCAAGAUGCCUUCAGUUUUAAGAUGUCUUACUUUGUGUCAUUGUGAAAGAAAACCCUGCUCGUUACAGUUGUUAAGAUGUCAUUGAUUCAAAGCUGCAUCCUGAUUUCAGAAUCAGGUGCCUUAGGACCAGUGAAGUACAAUGCUUACCUUUAUACCCCCAGUGACUCAGUCAUGGGAGGUGCUUAGUGUUUGGUGAAUAGAUGGAAGCUGGAGAUGGGGGGGUGUUCCCCUGGAUGUCCUACACACUCAGGCUCCCUGGAUCCAAAGCUGACCUCACCCUCUCCCUAGCCUCUUGUGUUCACCUUCCUGAUGACACCACAUGAAGGCAGAAUAGUGGCCCCCAAAGAUGUCCCUGUCCUCAACCUCAGAACCUGUGACUAUAUGACUUGACUUGGCAAAAGGGACCUUGCAAGUGUGAUUCCAUUAAUGACUUAGAGGCGGGGGUUAUCGUGAAUUGUUGAGGUAUCAUCACAAGGGUCCUACUAAGUGAAAGGGAGUGAGGAGGGUCAAGAUGAGAGGGAGGUGAAGGUCUUACACUACGGCUGGCUUUGAAGAUGGAAGAAAGGGCCAUGUACGAAGGAGUGCAGCUGGAAAAGGCAAAAAAGAUGAAUUCUUCCCAGGGUCUCCACAAAGAAAUGCAGCUCCACUGAGGAUUUUAGCCUGGUGAGAAUCAUUUUGAACUUUUGAUCUCUAGAACUAAUAAAGUUGUGUUGUUUU